CCCCCUGCUCCCUCAGGGAUGGAAGCGAUGGCGGCCAGUACUUCUUUGCCUGACCCUGGUGACUUUGACCAAAAUGUGCCCAGGAUCUGUGGGGUGUGUGGAGACCGAGCCACUGGCUUUCACUUCAAUGCAAUGACCUGUGAAGGCUGCAAAGGUUUCUUCAGGCGAAGCAUGAAGCGGAAGGCGCUGUUCACCUGUCCCUUCAACGGAGACUGCCGCAUCACCAAGGACAACCGGCGCCACUGCCAGGCCUGCCGCCUCAAGCGCUGUGUGGACAUUGGCAUGAUGAAGGAGUUCAUCCUGACGGAUGAGGAGGUGCAGCGGAAGCGGGAAAUGAUCCUGAAGCGGAAGGAGGAGGAGGCCUUGAAGGACAGCCUGCGGCCCAAGCUGUCCGAGGAGCAACAGCGCAUCAUCUCCAUCCUGCUGGACGCACACCACAAGACCUACGACCCCACAUAUGCUGACUUCAUUCAGUUCCGGCCUCCGAUUCAUGGGGACGACGAUGGAGGAAGCCUUCUCUCAAGCUCCUCCUCACCGCUCACACCCAGCUUCUCCGGGGACUCUUCCUCCUCGGAUCCCUACUCCACCUCUCCAGAAUUGCUGGAGCCCUCCCACUUCUCCAAUGUGAACCUGAACAGAGACAACUGUGAUGACCCUUCUGUGACCCUCGAUCUGUCCCAGCUGUCCAUGCUGCCCCAUCUUGCUGACCUGGUCAGUUAUAGCAUCCAGAAGGUCAUCGGCUUUGCCAAGAUGAUACCAGGGUUCAGAGACCUCACCUCUGAGGACCAGAUUGUGCUGCUAAAGUCAAGUGCCAUCGAGGUCAUCAUGUUGCGCUCCAAUCAGUCCUUCACCAUGGACGAUAUGUCCUGGACCUGCGGCAGCCAGGACUACAAGUAUCGUGUCAGUGACGUAGCCAAAGCUGGACACAGCCUGGAGCUGAUCGAGCCCCUCAUCAAGUUCCAGGUGGGGCUAAAGAAGCUGAACUUGCAUGAGGAGGAGCAUGUCCUGCUCAUGGCCAUCUGCAUUGUAUCCCCAGACCGUCCAGGGGUGCAGGACGCCGCCCUCAUCGAGGCCAUCCAGGACCGCCUGUCCAACACGCUGCAGACCUACAUCCGCUGCCGCCACCCGCCUCCGGGCAGCCACCUGCUCUACGCCAAGAUGAUCCAGAAGCUGGCGGACCUGCGCAGCCUCAACGAAGAGCACUCCAAGCAGUACCGCUGCCUCUCCUUCCAGCCAGAGUGCAGCAUGAAGCUCACGCCCCUCCUGCUCGAGGUCUUCGGCAAUGAGAUCUCCUGA